UCAAAUAAUCGGAAUCGUUAUCGUUUGAACUUUUGUAGAAAAUAUGGUGUAUUGUGUAUGUAAUAAGUUUGAAAUGCUAUUAAAUAAAUGGCAUAAUACUGUGUAAUUUAUUAUUCAUUGGUUUAGGAUCAUUAUUAGAAUUCUUCAUUCUAUUUUAUUAAUUUAAUCGUUUGUUCGUAUCAAUUUUGUUUUCACAUAGCAGAUUUUAAUUAUGUGGGGUUCGCAAGGUUGGAACCAAUGGGCUUUGCAACCAGCAAUGUUUAAUGAUGUUCCACAUGAACAAAUUGACUGGGCAGAAUUGGCAAAGCAAUGGAUCCAGAUGCAACAAGCUCAACCAUCUGAAUCUGUUCCCUUGGUUCCUCCACCUCUUCCCCCACCUCCACCUCAAGUAGUGCCUCCUGUUUCUUUACCUCCUCCUCCUCCACCCCCUCCAGGACAUGUGCCUUUAAUGACAGAAGAAUUUUCUGAAAAUAGCAUUGUGCCUGCUUUAUUGAAGACACCUGUACCACAUCCAGUUAUGCCAGAACCUUUUCAUGCCGAAAGUCCCUUUGAAAAUGAACCAGUACCAUUUGUGUCAAAAACAACAGAUAACAGUAAUUUUUGGAACAAAUCCCAGUGGGAGGCCAGUGUACCUAACGAUGUUGAUGAAAGACUAUGGGCACCACCACCUGUUGAGCCAACAGUUCCUGUAUUACCUGGCAAGGAAACCUUUGAUUAUGGUCAUGUACAUGAUAAUCCGCCUUUAACAAUGCAAUCCAUUGACUACAAUCAUAUGUCCGAGUUUUCAUAUAAUCAGAUGUAUUCUACCCCAACCCCAGCACCUGAAGCUCCAUAUGACCAGUAUUGGUCUCAAGUAAAUGCUACACCAACAAUAGCUCCAAUAUUUCUCAAGAAAGAAAAAUCUUCUACAAACUUACCUGCUGAGGAAGAAACUACACAGAUAGAUGCUGCCAAAAGGAAACAACUUCCUGCUUGGAUCCGAGAUGGAUUGGAAAAGAUGGAACAAGAUCGCUUAAAAAGAUUAGAAAAAGAAAGAGCAGCCAAAGAAAAUGCAGAAAAAAUGGCUAAAAUGGAUUUGUUGAAGAGCAAUUUAGAUUUUAAAGAUGGCUCGUCAACUGCAACUGUUUCUACUAGAUCUAAAUUUGAUAGUGAUAGUGAAGUAGAUGAGAAUGAAACAAAUGAAAUUAAAAGGAUCUCACCUAUGCCUAAAAGAACACCAUCACCAACUGAAGAUAUGAGAACAGAGGAAGAAAGAAAGGAAGAGCUUGUAUUGAAAGUUCGCCGUACGUUAACAGAAAUUUUAUUGUCUGUUACAAACUCUGAAAUGAUGGACAUUGCACAAGAGAUGUAUAGGAAAGCUGUUUCUAAAGCUCCAGCUCGUCAGCUGGCCACAGCCUCAUCAUUGAGCUCUGUAGCGUCUGGAUUGCGUGGACUUGCCAAUUAUGGGACUGAAAGUGAGGCCAGCGAUCAAGAAGAAGAGGAUGCCCCUGACUCAGAAGAAGAACUGUACCGCAAAAUUAAGGAAAAGAAGAGGCUUUUUGCCCAGAAAGAAAAGAAAAUCAUUGCAGAGCUAGAGAGGAAAGAGUGUGAGGAAAAAUUUGAAGCUGAAAGAGAAAAAAUGAAUAAUGAUAAAAGUAGUGAAAAAAAGUCAAGUAAAGAUCUUUAUACUCCAGAAAAACUAGAAGCCCCUUCUGAUAAUAACAAUAAUGGCAAUAAAAAUGAUAAUUCAAAUAUUCAGAUGCAAUCUAUUGAGCAUAGUUCACAUCCUGAAUCUUCUGAGUUGUCUGUUAAAGCAGAAGAAGUAUUAGAAAAUAACAAAUCAAAUAAAAUAAAAAUUGAAGCCUUGAAGCAUUAUGUGGAAAAUGUAAAAUCUGUGAAUAAGGAAGAAUCCGAUUCCUCUGACUCUGAAGAAUCCAGCUCAUCAGGUACUACUAGUGAAUCAGGUGAAAAGCAUAAAAAAAAAGCACAUAAAGAAACAAAAAAGUCAAAAUCUGAAUUGAAGAAAUCAUCAAAAAAGGAUAAAUCUUCCAAGCAUAGCAGUCGGCGUAGACGAAGCAAAAGUAGAGAUAGUGAGAGUUCUGAAAAACAUAGAAGAGAAAGGUCUCGUGAAAGGAAAAACUAUAACUCAAAAAAAAAGAAAAAGUACAAGAGAAGUGAUAGUAGUGGCAGUUCUAGUAGCUCAUCUCAUAGGAGAAAACGUAGCAGUAGAUAUGAAUCCAGUCAUGGUCACAGAGAACGUAGAAGUCGUAGUUAUGAUGACAGGGAGAGGAGACGAAAACGGAGUGUUAGUCCAUAUAAAGUUUCCAGCAAAAGUGAUUUUAGGUCAUCUCGUUCACAUAGAUACAGUGAUGAUAGGCAUGACAGAAAGUAUAAAAGCGAAAAGAAAUAUUAUGACCAUAGGCACAGUCCAUCUCCCUCUGGACAUUCAUCUAGGCUUCCAAGAAAAUACAGAUCUAGGUCACUUAGUUCUGAAAGUCAGAGUCCUGAUAAGAAAUCAAAGAAAUAUCGGAAUCGUUGACAUUUUAAGGGUACUGUUUUAUUUUUUCCCCGCCUUAAAAUAAUCGUGUAUAUAUUUACUGUACAAUAUUUUGUAAGGAUUAAUUGAUACUCACACUAUAGUUCAUAAACUGUUUUCAAAUUUUUUCUUAUAGCAAUAUAAAUGUUAUAUAAUAUUUGCAUAUGUUUGGUUGAAACUUAGUUGUAUUUUAAAUAAAAGUCUCCAUGGACCUAAGAUUAUGAGUAUGCUUUUUUCUUAAUUUCAAAAACUUAAAUUGGAAUUUAGAAUUUUCUUCAACUCAUGAUCAUAAAAGCCCUCGUUCAGUUAUCUUUACAAAUGCAUAUACUUAUAGGAAACCUAAUAUUAUUGUAUCAUAUUUUUCUUUCUUGUUUUGACCCUUUUAACACUUUUGUAUCUGUACUUAAUUUUUGAUUAUUAUUGGUUAAGACUGAAAAAUGUGCUAGUAUGGAUUUAUAUAAUGGUGCUCUGUUUUAUUUUUUUGUUUCAAAUUGAAAAUUUUUUCAUCUGCCUUUUAAAUUU